UAUGACGUUUAGUCGCUUGGGUAGACACCACCCCAAGAGACUAAACUAUGGACUAAACUACAAAAUAUGGCUUAGUCGCUACUUUAGUCGCUCCGGUAGAGACCGGCCUGAGGGAUGGCGGCCAGUCCCAGCCAGCAGCAAUCAGCGUCAAUCAGCAUCAUAAUAUCCAAACCAAUUCAAAGCAAAGGUACCAGUUCUUUUUAACUAUCUAAUAGUCACCAUGGUCCUCGAAUCCUUUCAACCACUCAAGAAUAAUCACAGCCAGCUGUUGGGAUCACCAUCCAUGAUGCGAAGAGUCAGUACUUGCAGCAGCAGUGGUUCGACAGGAGGGGUAUCGUGUUUGAACCUCUCCUCGCUCAACUUGAGCGAGAGUCAUCAGUCCGGUGCUCGGCUCAGUUCCUACUCCUCUUCUUCGAUGGCUCAAAGCGGUUCCAUGAUGAGACGCGGGUGGGGAAGUACAGAAACCAGAAGGGCUUCUACCUCUCUGAGCACAAUGGCAGGGACUGCGGAAGACAAUUCUGGCAAUGGUUGGACGGCUGGUGCUGCCUGUGUUGUGCCCAACACCAAUGCAGUGCCUACCAACAACAAUGAUAAGGACGGAUGGGGCUAUUUUGUUGAUGUUGCCGGAGAUGAAGACGAAGACGCCCUGAUGUGGUGAAGUCAAGAAGCACAAACACUACACACGAGCAUGCACGCAACCCCAAGCAACCAACGCUGACACACAGCUAUUGUUGGGCCCGCAGCCCACUGCACACACCAAUCACAUUCUCGAGAGAAGAAGGGCAAGACGUCUCACACUGUACAAAGACAGAAGCAUCCUUGGGAUGGCCCCAAUUGCAAAUACAACCGCUACCCAGAGCGACGCGCCUACACUGUAGGAUGCACCGAUUUUCCCAUACAAAGGCACAUAGAAAUCAAAAGUAUAGACAACCACCUUGUU